AUGGCUCAUGACACACAUGCGGCUCAUUCCCCGGCAGUUUUCAUAACAGGUGAACCCAAACUCGUUGUGCCGCACCUAAUGGGCGAUGGCUACUCCUUCGAGCAUUGCAUGUUUUCCCGUGCCAUGUUGGCUGAAGGUAAAAAAGUGGAACGUAGCUUAGAGAUGUCAAAGGAGAAUCCCUUGCUACAUGAAGCCCGAGUCGACACGGCCAUUGCGGAAGAGCUGAAGGAGGUGAAACGUGAAGAGUUCGUGGAAGAAAAGAGACGCCAGCAAUUGCGCAACAAUAACCAAGAAUUGCGUGAAUUAUCCGAGCAUUUGAAAUUGGCUGCCAUUUCAAAGGAUUUAUCUGAGCAUAUAGGAGACUUUUUCAAGACACGUUUGCAGAUUGAAAAAUCCAAGGCCGAAAGCCAAAAACAGGCUGAGUUAGAACGAUUGAAGUUUUUGGAUCAUGUAAAUAAGGAACAGCUGAAACUGAAGGAGCAGCAGAUAAAGCUUCAUGAUUCUCUAGCUGCUCAAAUGGAACAGAAACAACAACGUCGCAAGCAGGAAAGCCUUCAGACACUGGCCGAUCGGGAGAGUCGCAUAGCUAUGCAGCGUCAAGUUGAGAAGGAAGACAGUGCCAAGCUUGCCUUACAAGAGAGGGUCAAGAUCCAAAAGCUACAGGAAAUGGACAAGUACAUAGAGGAGAGAAAGGCCCACAGGGUGUUGCAGUAUAAAGAGGCCGAGGCCGAUUUGAAAAAGAAUCUAGAUACCCAGAACCAGAUGGAUGAUCGCAAAAAGAAACUUGAUCAAGAGCGUAUUGAGAUAAGGCGCAAGCAAGAGGAGAUUAGCCAACUGUUGGGUCAACAGGUCGCUAAGCUGGAAACUGACAAACGCCAGAAGGAUAACUUGCUGCUGGACUUACUCGAGUCGGAGCACAAUGCCAAGGAAGAAGCACGUGUUCGCCAGCAACAGCAGCAGAUUGCGUUUGAGCGCAUGCGAGCUAAAGGGGAACUCGAAGCCUAUCGCCUUCAGGUGCAGCAACGCAACAUGGAUCAAGAGGAACAAAAGCGUCUGGAAGUGGUUGCUAGGAAAGACGUCUCGGCGGACAAUCAAGAGGCAAUCGAUAGGCAGCAAAAACUAAACGAUUUUCAGAAACGCAAAGAUUAUGGUAAAAUGCUUUUGUCCAUGAUCGAGGAUAAUCAGCGCAAACGGGCCCAAACUUUGGCUGAAGAUGCAGAGUUUUUCAAUAUGAAAGCCAAAGAAGACAAGGAGUUACGUGAGCGCGUUCAUCAAGAGCGUAUCGUUAUGUUAAAUGCUGUUCCGCCAGCUGUUCUACGUUAUUUGCCCAAACACGUGCUAUCUGAUGAAGACCGUGCCCGUUUUGACAUUCCCAAAGUCGAGAAAUCGGGCAACCGCGAUGCCCCUUUAGCUCCUACUAAAUUUUAA